AUACCUCCACAACUCUCGGCGCCUCCUCCUGAGACAGAUGGCCAUGGCCAAGAAGAAGAUUGCAGUCAUCGGUGGUGGAUCCAGUGGACUGUGCACCAUUAAAUGCUGUUUGGAUGAUGGGCUGGAGCCCACCUGCUUUGAGAGAAGUGAAGAUAUUGGCGGGCUCUGGAGGUUCAAGAAGAAUCCCGAAGAGGGCAGAGCCAGCAUCUACAAAUCUGUCAUCAUCAACACCUCCAAGGAGAUGAUGUGCUUCAGUGAUUUCCCCAUCCCGGAUGAGUUCCCCAACUACAUGCACAACUCCAAAAUCAUGGAGUAUUUCCGCAUGUAUGCCAACCACUUCGACCUUCUGAAAUAUAUCCGCUUCAAGACGACUGUGGUCAGUGUGACAAAGCGCCCGGAUUUCUCCUCCACGGGCCAAUGGGAUGUUGUCACAGAGUCCGAAGGGAAGCAGGAGUCGGCCGUCUUUGAUGGGGUCAUGGUGUGCAGCGGCCAUCACACCAACGCCCAUCUGCCACUGGACUCCUUCCCAGGGAUUGAAAAGUUCAAAGGCCGCUACUACCACAGCCGGGAUUACAAGAAUCCUCAGGAGUUCUCGGAGAAGAGAGUCAUUGUGAUCGGCAUCGGCAAUUCGGGAGGGGACCUGGCCGUGGAGCUCAGCCAUGAAGCUGAUCAGGUCUUCCUCAGCACCAGGCGUGGGGCGUGGGUGCUGAAUCGUGUUGAGGAGCAAGGGUACCCUGUGGACAUAGUGCUCACCACCAGGUUAAAAACCUUUUUCAAGCAGGUGUUGACUACAUCCAUGGUUAACCAAUGGGCAGAGAACAGACUAAAUGCAAGAUUCAACCACGCACACUACGGUCUAAGGCCUCAGCACAGGAUUAUGAGCCAGCACCCAACCAUCAACGACGACCUGCCAAACCGCAUCAUCUCUGGCAAAGUGCUGGUGAAACCGAACAUCAGGGAGUUCACUGAAACUGGCGCCAUCUUCGAAGAUGGCACCAGAGAGGAGGACAUUGAUGCAGUUUUCUUCGCUACAGGAUACAGCUUCUCUUUCCCUUUCCUCCAGGACUGUGUCAAAGUGGUCGAAAACCAGGUCUCCCUGUAUAAAUUCAUCUUCCCUCCUCACCUAGAGAAGCCAACUCUGGCUUUCAUUGGUCUCAUCCAGCCACUGGGGGCCAUCAUGCCCGUUGCAGAACUCCAGAGUCGCUUGGCCACACAAGUGUUCAAGGGGCUGAUCAGGUUGCCCACAGAAAGCGACAUGAUGGCCGAUAUUACACAGAAGAAAGAUGAAAUGUCAAAACGGUAUGUGAAAAGCCCGCGCCACACUAUCCAAGUGGAUUAUGUUGAAUACAUGGAUGAACUUGCCUGCCUGGUAGGAGUCAAGCCCAACCUGCUGUCUCUCUUCCUCACGGAUCCAAAGCUUGCCAUGGAGGUUUUCUUUGGCCCCUGCACGCCGUACCAGUACCGCCUGAGAGGGCCAGGGAAAUGGAGUGGAGCCAGGAAAGCCAUCCUGACUCAGAGAGAACGGAUCAUUAAACCUCUGAAAACCAGGCCAGUGGGAGAUUACAACCACCACACCUCAGUGCCCUAUUUAUUUAAGAUAGUUGGUGCUGUUGCUCUCUUUGCUAUAAUUUUUGCUUACUUUUAAAUGCUUGUUCUCUACAUAGGAAAAGGGGAUUAUGUAAAAUGUGAUUAUCUGGUUUCUGUUGGUUUCUAAUUUUCUCCCUGCAACUUUAACACACAUCCAGUGCAACCAUCCGUUACCACUUGUGUGUGGAGAAUUUCCUCCCUCUCAACUAUGGCUGCUGAUUAUUUUAUCUGCUGUCAGUGUCUGCUGUUGUGUUAGAGAUCUUUGAUUUCAUUAAAUAUUCCUUAGGCUGCUAGCUGUUAUGAUUAUAAAGGCCACAGACAGGCACAGGUGGUAAUAGCUCAGAAGUUUAAGUGGGGCCAUUGUGACAUGAGACAUAACCAGUCACCACCCUUCCUCUAUAGGUAAUCUGCAUGCAAUAAUUCCAUUGAUUGUAAUGUCUCAGCAGUAGGAGGGAGACUGGACACAUAUGGCAAGAGUUCUCUGUGGUAGGCUACUGGGCCAAACUCUCACUGCUCUUUUAUUAGUUGCUUGGUCCCUUGCUAGUUUGGGCAUCAGUGCCUGAAAUGGCACUUCUGCCUUGGAUCUACUGCACACUGAGGUGGUGCUGCCAGAGGAAUUGAGGCAGGAGCACAGGGAAAGCCCUUAAACUGCAGAAACAUUGGGAUUGAGGGACUGGACACAGCCUUAAUGAAUGGAUGUAAAUGUAACGGAGUGUGGGGUUCAAUCCAGAACAGUCAGGGGUUAUUCCACCACUUGCCCUGUAGCCCUGUGUACCUCACAAUGCUUUGUUGUUGUAGCUCACAGCCUGGGAUGCUCAUUGCCACCCGACAAGCAUGCAGAUCUCAUCCUUUGUGUGCUAGACAGCCCUGGUUCAGCAGCUCUGACCCCAGAAGCCUGUCUACAGUCCCUCUCCGGCUUCCACCAGCCUUCAUUACAACCAGCAAGGUGGCCCAAACACACUCCCAGUCCUGAAUUUCCCAAGCAGAAGGGGGUGCUGGACAGU